AUGGCCAUGGAGCUGAUGAGAUUAAUCCCCUCAUUUUCCUGGAAGCCAAAUCCGGAUGGGUUCAGUCCCAUUCACCUUGAUUUACUAAAUGGGCAAACCCAGAUGGUGCUUUGGCUUCUAAAGAUCGACGGGGACCUUGAACAUGUCCAAGGAAGGGAGGGUAUGACUCCUUUGCAUUAUGCUGCAACAACAGACAUUCACCUUGAACUAUUGGACGAAUUUCUCAAAGUCUGUCCCCAAUCUAUUAAAGAUGUGACAAUUCAAAAUGAGAAUGCUCUGCAUAUUGCCUUGAAAUACGACAAGUUGGAGGCUUUUCUACACUUGGUGCGAAGGCUCCAAAAGAAUUGGUCUCAAAAUACCAUAAUGUGGGAGAGUAAUGUCCUGAAGUGGAAGGACGAGGAAGCCAACACAGCAUUGCACAUUGCAGUAUCCAAAAAUCAACCCAAGGCUGUGAGGAAGUUAUUAUAUUCUGGUGUUGAUAAAAACACUAAGGGUACGUUUGGUACACUAAAUGGAGAUUACGACAGGAAUUUCUACCAAACAUGCCCUAAGAAUUUAAAGGGUAAUACAGCUGGCGAUAUGUUGGGACAACAAAAUCAAAUAGAAAAUCGCAAGAUCAAGGUUAUGCUACGGCAUGCUGGAGCUUUACCAGCUUCAUCUCUUCCUAAAGUAAUUUAUUAUGCACGUUACCUAUGGUCCUUAUUCUCAUAUAUUGAGAAAAUAAGAAUGCAUUGUAUUGGUGAAUGGACCGAAAUAUCAGACGACAGGUGCAAUAUGCUUUUGGUGGUUGCUACACUUCUUCUGACUGUCACCUAUCAAGGAGUACUCAGCCCUCUUGGGGGACUUUGGCAAGAUGAGUACCAUCCUGAACCCAAUACCACAUAA